GUCCCGGGCCCAACGUGCCCCCAGUGUAUGGCCUGGAGGUGUCUGAUCAGUGGGAGGAGGAUGUGCUGAAACCUGCUCUGGAGAUUGUGGAGAGCUUCCUCCAGGGCCGUGAGCCCCCAGCAGAGCCCCUGAGGAUGGAGUUCGACGAGAAGGAGAACAAACGGAGCCACCACGUGUGUGAGCUCUGUGACAGAGUCAUCCUUGGGGACAGGGAGUGGGCAGCUCACACACGAUCCAAAUCCCACCUGCACCAUCUGAAGAAGAGAAGGAAGCUGCAGGCUGCCAGCCGUGCUGUGGAGACCUCAGGAGAGGACAGCAGCUUGCCUGUGCCCUAG